CCGACGAAGAAAUUCAUUUGAUUACUGUAACCGUUAGGGAUAGGUUGAAACGUACAUGAGAUGAUUGUGUAAAUUGUACUCGAUUUUGAUGAUUAUUUCUUAAAAUUUCUAUUUUAUACUGUAAGAUAAUAAUUUAAUCAUCCAUAUUACUCGUUACAUCUCCACAUGUGACAACGACCUCAACAGUUGGAUUUUUUGCGAUAAGAAGACCAUAUUGUUUGAAUACUGCUGUUUUGAUCUAUAUUUCUUAUGUAUAAAUUGUGGAACAUAAUAAUUCCACAAAUUCUCUUUGACCAUUAGUAACCGUAUAAAGGCUGAACAUAAAGCCUAGACAGGACAAGGAUUCACUAAUUCGAUCAUUGAUGUUGCAUCCCAUGUGGAAAUCAACAAUGGUUGAUUAAAAGCCUACAAAGCAAACUUUUUACCCUGCUAUCAAAAAAUAAUCAACCAGAUGAAAAAUAUUAAAAUAAAAUGGCCCCAAUAGAUCCCCAUCAGUUGUUAAAGGGAUUAGCUCCCUUGUUAACUCCCAGUGGUGCCGUCAAAAGCCCAACAGAAACCCUUAGAAUUGUUGGCUUGAUGAAAGAAGCAAACAAACUUGUUAGCAGAUGCGUUUACAUCAACAUACUUCGAGCUACAGAGUCUGAGAACACUCUUGAAAAGUUUAUAGAGGUUGGAGGAUGGGAGGUCCUCAACACAUGGUUACAAGACUGCAAGGAAUCGGAGAAUUACCCAGUCCUUAUAGAAAUGCUUAAAGUGUUUCAUCAAUUGCCUGUCACAGUAGAACUUCUAAAGAAAAACAACUCAGCAAAGACCAUCAAAGCCUUCUCUAAAAGUGAAAAUGAUACGGUGAAGACUAUGUCCGCAGAGAUAGUAGACAAAUGGAUGGAAAAAGUCAGAGGAAAAAAUAAUGAAAACUCAGGUGAUUCCAAAAAGAAGAAAUCUGACAAAGAGAAAAGUAAAAGAAGUGACAAAGAUAGUGAUGAGAAUCGAAAGAACAGUGAUAAAUCUAAAGACGAUAAACAUUCCAAGCAAAGGAGUAAGGAAGAAAAAAGUGAUGGUGUGAUUAGCAAAGAUUCACUGGGGGUGGUCACUCAGACAAAUGGACUUAAACUUCAUAUCAAAAUAGAAAGACCUCCCUCAGCUGACAGUGACAGAUCAAAAACCGAUGCCAAACCAGACAAAAAACGGGCUUCCACAGUAAAAAGGCCCAACACAAAGUUCAGGUCAACAGGCUUAGAGGAGGACUUAGUCACCAAGCCAAUAAAGAAGCCUUCCAAUGACCAGUCCAAAGCCCAACCAAAAAGACAAGGGUCAGAACUGAAACCCAAAGAUGAGCAGCCUCCAGGAAAGCGGUCACGGUUGGAGGCUGGGUCCACAGAGGAGGCUGGGUCAGAGCAGCCACCCACACAGUCUCCGACCACUGCAUCCCCUGCCGACGUACACAAACAAAUCAAAAUAACACCCCCAAAACCCAAAACUGUGAUACACGAGAGUACAAACUUCAUUGACUCUCUCUUACCGGACCGUCCCACUGGAGUCAUACGCAGGAAAAAGAAAACGGGGGCUACUGUCGCAAUCACAUCAGUGCCUGGUGCUGUCAAUAAAACUGGUCCCCCAACCCCUACUACUGCCAAACCCCCAACGCCAACGUCACCCCAUGUUCCAAUCUCACCAACAACUGCCAUCAAAAACACACUUCCUAUCGUUCCAUCUUUUUAUAAAGACACAUUGGAGACACCUACUGAGGAGAAACGAAGCCCCAGUCCUCCUGAGCUUGACAAGAGAAGCCCGUCUCCCACUGAAGACAACAAAGAGUCUGCCCCUCCCACUCUAGAGGAGACCAAAAUGACAGAAGAUGUAGAAAUGACAGAUACUACCAAAGAUGGUGCAGAGACAGGUGAGGAGUCUAUGGACACCAGUGAAAAGUCGGAGGAAGUCAAAGGUCUCCUGACUACUGGAGCCACAGGAAAGAAGAAGAAGAACAAGAAAGUGUCCUGGGCAGAAGAUUCCAAUCUUAGAAUUUUCCACUUCUUUGAACUGGAUGAAACAGAAAGAGAAAAUGUAAAUAGACCAAAAGACUUCAACCAGCUGAAGAAGCAAGAGGCACAUUUGGAUAGAAAGGUGAUGGAAUCAGCCAGGCGAUCAACCAAAGAUAAUAUGAAUGAGGCUAUACCUUGGAGGAGGCCACCUUUAAUCACCGGGUUAGUGACAACUGUGGAGCCAGGAUCUCUAAGUAAAGAAAAACAGAUCCAGAAAGAACGAGAGAAGGGGGUUCUACAGGCCAUCUUCUUUACCAAAGAAAUGCUUCCAGACACCCCAAGUGAACCAGAUCUGGAAACAGUAGAACCAGCUGAUCCAAAGUUUAUUCCACUGGAAGAUGAGAAUUCUACUGGGGAAGAAGUUAUCUCCCAUGAAAAACCAACAGUACCUGUGUCCACUGGUGCGGGUGCACCCCCUGACCCAAACUCCCUGUUUGGUCAGCUCAAUCUACCUCCAGAUUUGGCUAAUGUACUUCAUUCAUUCCAACAGGGAGGGACUCUCCCACCCAAUCUUGACCAAGGCAGUGCCCAGAAUAUACUGGCCUCCAUGAUGGGAACUGUUGGGGAUCCAACCACUGGGGAUGCUUUUGAGAAACUGAAACAAAUUCUUGAGCCCUUCCAGUCCAUGCAAAACCAUGGAGUGAUGGGACCUAUGCAUCCUCCAGGCCCAAUGAGAAUGAUGGGACCACCUCCAGGGGGGAUUUUAGGAGUAGCUCCCCCAGGAUUCAACCCAAUGAUGGGACCAGGAGGCCAGAGAUUUCCAGGUGGCCCUGGUGGUGAUGAAUGGGGAGAGAACAUGAUUGGAGGACCACACAUGAGGGGCAGAGGAAGGGCAGGGAUCCCUAUGAGAGGUGGAGGUUUACGAGGUCCACCUCCUGGAGUACCAGGAGGUCCUCCAAUGGGACCUCCAAUGAGAGGAGGAAGAGGAGGCAGAAUUAGACAAGUGACGGGCGAUCGAGCUGUAUGUCGACAUUUUGCAGCAGGGGGCUGUAGGAGAGGAAAUACGUGUUCAUUUCUACAUCCUGGUGUUAACGGUCCACCCGUGUAGCACAACCAGUGCAAUACACUUACUACUGAACUUCAUCGCAAGGCAAAACUUUGCCCCAUUGUUCAUGAAAUGUGUAUUGGAAUUGUGCACAAAACAUUUUCAGUCAAAGAAGAUGGAGAGACCAAUUUGUACAGGCCAAAAUCAAAGAUUUUUUCCAAUAGAAUUUAUACAGAGCUGCCAUGAUUUAUAACAUGACAUAAUCAAAGACUUCCUAAGCAAGGAUGUUAUUAAAAUGCAAAUUGGAUAAACACUUAUUGAGGGUUAAUUGUGACCCCUGCUAUUUUGAUUUUUGUUACGAUUACAUAAGGUUGUAAAGCCAGAAUAAUAUUUUGCAAAUACUGGAACAUAGAAUGUUCAUUGGUGUUCAGUGCUACAACUAUUUGGCAAUGGCUACCCUAUCAGUGGAUGCUGGAAAUUUGCUUUGGGCUUUUUGAGAUGUGGCAUUAUUAUUUGUACAUGUCAAUAAUCAUGAUUUUGAUGAUAUUAUGUAUAUAAAUGAAAGGAAGAUGUACAUCAGUGAGAUGUUGGUAUGUGUAUGUAUCAGUGAGAUUCAAGAUUGACAGGUGUGAAAGUUUAUAAUGGAUGACAGUCUAUAUUGUGUGGGAGAUGAGCCAUUGUGUGACAAAGAGAAGAAUUAUUACGUGUUAAUACUCCAUCUGAUGGAGUUACUGUUCUUGUUACAAACUUACAUACAGGAGAUGCCAAAAAUAAAACAGAACUCAACAUAAAAACUUG